AUUUGAAUUACAUCAUGUUUUUUAAAGUUAAAUUGCCAUAAUAAGGAACAAACGUAGUUACUCUUUAAAACUAAAGCCAAGAUGAUAAAUCUGCUGGUACCGAGAUUCUCAAAAAAAAAAUUGAAUGCUCCAUUUCAAUUUCAAACGCCGUAUAAGAUGUUUAUUUAUAUUCAUAUUAACGUAAUGAAAGCACUUCUUUCGUUGAUUAAAGCCAACCAAAAGCACGGAAACUCAAGACAAGAGGUGGCGCACGGAAUGGCAUGGUGACUACAGUGCUGCGUUCCAAUACCGACUCCAGUCAGUGGCGGCGAGGGGUGCGUUCAUUGUGAGCAGGUUUUCAGAGACCUGCCUGCCCGGGUGCCGCCGCCGUUCUCUCAGUCGUGUGUUCGCCUCGUUCAGUCCAGUGUUGCUGUCAUCCGUUUACCCAGUUUAUACAUUAUACCUGGAUACCUUUUUGGUCAAGGAAAAUACAGUUAAUGGUUUUGCCUGAAGAAUCCAAGAUGUCUCGCACCGACGAGGUUCACCGCAUCACGGAGAAUGUCUACAAGACUAUCAUGGAGCAGUUCAACCCUUGUUUACGGAACUUCGUUGCCAUGGGGAAGAGCUACGAGAAGGCGCUUGCCACUGUGACAUUUGCUGCCAAAGGCUACUUUGAUGCCCUGGUCAGGAUGGGCGAGCUGGCCAGCGAGAGCCAUGGCUCCAAAGAUCUGGGGGACGUGCUGUUCCAGAUGGCUGAGGUGCACAGGCAGAUCCAGGUCCAGUUGGAGGACAUGCUCAAGUCCUUCCACAACGAGCUGCUGUCCGAGCUGGAGAAGAAGGUGGAGCUGGACGCACGCUAUCUGACCGCGGCGCUGAAGAAGUACCAGAUGGAGCACAAGAGCAAAGGGGAGAGUCUGGAGAAGUGCCAGGCGGAGCUGAAGAAGCUGCGCAGGAAGAGCCAGGGCAGCAAGAACCCGGCCAAGUACGGGGAGAAGGAGAUGCAGUUUGUGGAGACCAUCAGCAGCAAGCAGAGCGAACUGGAUACCUUCAUCGCCGAGGGCUACAAGACGGCGCUGUCCGAGGAGCGCCGCCGGUACUGCUUCCUGGUCGACCGCCAGUGCGCCGUGGCCAAGAACAGCAGCGCCUACCAUGGCAAGGGUAAAGACCUGUUGACCCAGAAGAUCCCCAUGUGGCAGCAGGCGUGCUCGGACCCCAACAAGCUGCCGGAGCGCGCCAUGCUCCUGGCCCAGCAGAUGGGCUCGGUGGGCGGAGCCAGCCCCCUGCACACCUCCAAGUCCAACCUGGUGAUCUCGGACCCCAUCCCGGGGGCCCAGCCGCUCCCCGUGCCCCCCGAGCUGGCCGUGUUCAUGGGCAGCGGCCUGGGACAUCAGGCGAGGCUGAUGGGCCCUGAGGGCAUGGCCAUGGUGAACGGCACGACGGGCGUCCACGGGGACGACUACUGGACGGAGGGCGGCGGCGGCGGCGGGAGCGCGGGCCCGGUCCAGGGGGGACCCCCGUCCCCCCAGGGCCCGCCCCAGGGCCAGCCCCAGAGGCAGGUCAGCGAGGUGUACUCCAACACCCUGCCCGUCCGUAGGCCCGCCCCGGCCAAGAGCAAGAACCCAGUGGGAGAGACGAGGACCCUCCCCCGCUCCAGCUCCAUGGCGGCCGGCCUGGAGAGGAACGGGCGCUCCCGCGUGCAGGCCAUCUUCUCGCACGCCGCCGGGGACAACGGCACCCUGCUGAGCUUCGCCGAGGGCGACCUCAUCACCUUGCUGGUGCCCGAGGCCCGGGACGGCUGGCACUACGGCGAGAACGAGAAGAACAAGAUGCGCGGCUGGUUCCCCUUCUCCUACACACGCGUUCUGCCCGAAACGGAGAGCGAGAAGCUCAAAGUCAACCUCAACCACGGGAAGAGCAGCAGCACAGGGAACCUCCUGGAGAGCGACAUGCCCAUGCCGGACUACGGCCUCACCGCCCGCCUGCUGGCCCAGAGUCUAGCGCAGAGUCGGCCCAGGCCCUACAGCAUGGCAGGCUUCACCACGCAGCCGGCCAUCGAGGACUAUGACAGCCGCUUUGCCACGAGCGACCGCUCUCUGGAGGUCUACCUCAGGCCUACCUUUAUAGAGGACCGCUCUGCGCCCAUCUUCUACUAGCAGACGGCCACGCACCCCCGACCUUACUGCUCAAAGGGUCGGUCUCCGUACAUGAGCGGGAAGAAAAUGGCCGCCGCCAUCGGUUGGGUGCCAGUUCUGAUGACCGGCUCCCGAAAAAAAAAAAAGUUGACACUUGUACCUCGGGGGCAACGAUCUUAAAGUGACACUCAAAGUUUUUUGUUUUUUUUCCCACACUGCAUAGCAUUCAAGUAGGCGGCUUUGGGCAACCCCGGCCGUUUAUCGUGCGUGCGUUAUCAUUGUGACGCUUUGCAAAUCACUUUAACACUGAUUUAUGUGGUCAACUCUUGGCUGAAACGUCAGAGUCAGCGAAUCAGGAGGUUGUUUUCUUUAGCUAGUGGGUCGCACUCACGAUGGGAAACGUGGGGCUAAAGCCUCGUGCCGGGGGACAUUUACACUGAUGGAGGAUAGUGAAACUAAUAUAUACUCUCUGCGCAUCGCUGCUGUGGAAAAUGUCUUUAUUAAUUGUGAUUUGAGAAUUGUAUGCGUGUGUGCGUAUGUGUGUGUGUGUAUAUAUAUGUAUAUAUCGUUUAAGAUUUAGGCAGUGAUGGUGCUCUCUGAACAAGGUGUCCGUCAGUUGCUUGAAGAGCAGGUCGUCUGAAAUUAGCGUUAGGCUGCGAAAAGAUACAGUACUGGGUAAAUGUGUUUUUUGAAAGGUGCAUUGAAAGUGUGCAAUGGCUACAGUUAGAUCCUGUUUUUUUUUUUAAACGCUAGUUUCUAGCUCAGAACACAUCAUGUUAUAGUAACUAUACAGUAUACCAUUAAACUAUACCGUUUAAUUUGGGGACUGUGCCUUCAUUUUUUUAAAGGGGUUACAGCCUUGAUAUAAUCAAUAUUCUACGCACUGUUAUAUGAAAAUGAUUACGCAUCACAACUCUGCUUAUAUACUUUAUUUGGUUUAUGCUGUUACUUUGCCGUUUUGUUUUGUCUUCUGGUGAUCUUUAAUAAUCUAAAGUGCGUGACUGCAAGGUUAGUUGCUGUGAAAAAAAGGCAGCAUCACUUUUGCCGAUAUAAGAAUAUAAUGAAUUGUCUUUUAUGUUAAUUCAAAGCAGCCAAAUAUUGGCCAGUCAAAAAUCCAUGUAAAUAAUGGGUCAUUUUGGAGUAUCAUUUUCAGCUUUAAUUAGAGUGGUAUCUUAUUGAUUCAUAUGAUUCAACUAUCAUAAUAUUGUCUUAUAAUAUGAUCACAUUGUUUUACUGUGAGCUGACUUAUUGCUUCAAGUGCAAAUAAUCAUCAGUAACAAUCAAGACAAUGUAUAUUUUAAACAACUUGCAUACUGGCAACUGUAUGGGGAGACGAUUGUUCGCGCGUUGCAAUCACGUUCUCAGAAAUGUCCAAUUGCUUUGGUUUUCAAACCGUUUUCUAAUGUUUGUCUUUUUCUCACUUUUUGUUCUUUCUUGUUCUGUAUAUUUGUGUUGUACAGGGCGUGCGGUACGUGGAGUUAUUGUGUCAAAUAAAAACUUCAUUGCGUACAGCAUUCAUAGUUGUGUCACCUGUGUUGUUCUCUUUGUCCGUGUGUACCUUUUUAGAUUAUGCACACAUAAUUUCCCAGUCAAACACCUGAGCG